CGAGAAAGAGGCGAGAGAGCGUCUUUUCGUCUGUCCUGUCCCAUCCAGCCCGUCCCGUCGGCUCCCGUCCGCUCCCGGCCUGUCAGUCAGUCACCUCCGGCCUGACCCGGCCACGCCAUGAGCUCCACUCAGUUCAACAAGGGCCCGUCCUACGGCCUGUCGGCCGAGGUCAAGAACCGGCUCCAGUCUAAGUAUGACCCACAGAUGGAAGGCGAGCUGAGGGGCUGGAUCGAGGGUCUCACCGAACUCAGCAUUGGGCCAGACUUCCAGAAGGGACUCAAAGAUGGCGUCAUCCUAUGCACUCUCAUGAACAAACUGCAGCCUGGCUCCGUGCCCAAGAUUAAUCGCUCACAACAGAACUGGCAUCAGCUGGAGAAUCUCUCCAAUUUCAUCAAGGCCAUGGUCAACUAUGGCAUGAACCCUGUGGAUCUCUUUGAAGCCAAUGACCUCUUUGAAAGUGGGAAUAUGACCCAGGUUCAAGUGUCACUUCUGGCCCUGGCUGGCAAGGCCAAGACAAAAGGGCUACAGAGUGGCGUGGACAUUGGGGUCAAGUACUCAGAGAAGCAAGAGCGAAACUUUGAUGACGCCAAGUUGAAGGCUGGGCAGUGUGUUAUUGGCCUCCAGAUGGGCACCAAUAAAUGCGCCAGCCAGUCAGGCAUGACAGCCUAUGGUACCCGGAGACACCUGUAUGACCCUAAGAACCAAAUUCUGGCCCCUAUGGACCACUCAACUAUCAGUCUGCAGAUGGGGACCAACAAGUGUGCCAGUCAGGUUGGCAUGACAGCCCCAGGCACCAGGCGGCACAUCUAUGACACCAAGAUGGGCACAGACAAGUGUGACAACACCUCCAUGUCUCUGCAGAUGGGUUAUACCCAGGGUGCCAACCAAAGUGGGCAGGUGUUCGGGCUGGGGCGACAGAUCUAUGAUCCCAAGUACUGUCCCCAAGGUCCCACUGGAGAUGGGCCAGGGGCGGGCCCAGGUGACAGCCCUAGCACUGUGGAGCCACCUGAGUACCACUAUUACCGGGAAGAGGAAGGGUAUUGAGACCCAGGGCCCCUCCCAAUCUCCUCUCCCCUCCCUCAUCCUCCCCUUUUUCCUUAUUAUCACCCUCUUGUGCUUUCUGAUUUUUUGUCUUAUGCUGGGGGAAUUUUGUUCCCGUCUGAGCUGUCUCUUUGACUCGCCCUGUGACCCUGGGCAAGUCUCUACCCAUCUCUGGGCCUCAGCUUAUCUAUUUGUCAGAUGAGGGGGCCAGGACUGGCUGCCUAAGGUGUCCCCUCCAGCACUGAUGUUGUAUGGUUCUGUGUAUUUGAAUGCCUCAUCUCCUGAGCAGAGAAGGCAGGAGAGAGCCAAGGGCUUCUCACUAGGGGUGUGUGUGUGGGCUUGGGGGAUUGUGAAGUGGGAAUCCUUCUCAUCCCCUCACAUCCACACCCUUGCCCUAGACCAGGCCUCGCUGUCUCUGCAUGUCUUCCUGACCCGCUUUGGGUUGAACCUGGGCCCUGAGGAUGAAGGUUGGGCGGGAGGAGGAAGAAAACAGGGCCACCAUAGGGUUUCCUGUCAAUGGCGAGCUUCCUUCUUCCUGCUUAUGAGGUUGGCUGGUGGUUUCCUCACCAACUACAAAAGAUGUUGAAAAAUAAAGUUCUUCUAAGGGGGGGGAGGGGCAAGAGUGGCAGCUUCCUUUCCUUCUCCUCCACUCAUGCCCUUUUCCACAGGAGCAGGGGGCACCCCUUCCAGGUGAGCUCCAGCCUCCCCUUCAGCCUAAAACCUCCUUAACACAGUAAGGGACCAGACUCUGGUUUUAACUUAAUGUAAAAAGAAAGACUCCAAACAAAAGAUACUUUGAAUUUCUAAAGGUGGAAGCUAGCAGCUCCAAUCCUCUCUGUCUGAGCCCCAUCACAGCCGAGGGACUGAGUCUCCUGGGCCCCUCCCCCUUCCCUCCCCCCCCCCCCCCACCUGGCAAAGCCCCUUUUUCAGACUGGAUCAGCUGCCUUCCUUCUUCAACACUGCACAGUGCCCUUGGUGGCCUGGGCCAGGUCAGCCUGGGUCAGGGGGCUUUACUGGGAGAGUCAUCCCAUCAGCCCUUGGGGUCUGGGAGAAGGACCUGGAAAUAAUGUGAAACGGUGAUGUGGGAACACAGACAAUAAACACAUUCUUUGUUUAAGAAAUGAA